GAUCGUAGUCACAGCUGGGUCUGGUCGAAUUGAAGAGCCUGGAUAUGAGCAAACACCGAUCGGCACUCUAACAAACCGACUAAUUGCACCUCAGCACGGACACUCCACUUUAUAGUCAAUCCGGGAGCACACUAAGCAAUUCUAAUGGACACCACAAAGUCAAGCCCGGAAGCCGACGAGGUUAGGACACUUUUUGUGAGCGGACUACCGUUAGAUGUGAAGCCAAGGGAAGUAUAUCUCUUGUUCCGAAGCUUCAAGGGCUAUGAGGGAUCCCUUUUGAAACUCACUGACAAACAGGGCAAAGCUUCACCCGUGGCUUUUGUUACGUUCGAAAACAAAGACUGCGCUUCCGAUGCAAAAUCCGAACUCCAGGGGGUGCAAUUUGAUCCAGAUGUCUCACAGACACUCAGGCUGGAAUUUGCAAAGUCUAACACCAAAGUAUCAAAGCCCGUGAACAGACAGUCCGUCCUCAUGUCAGGAGGGCAUGAUGCAUUCUUUUUCCCGCCCACUCACGAGCCAAGCUUGGCCUAUCAGGCCCCUUACUUCAACGAUAUAAUGGCGUCCGCUGUCAAUGCUCAACAAUUUCAGGCCCAUCACUCAAAUGUUAACCACAGUCCAUUGUUCAGCGAUAUAAUGACAGCGGCGGUUUCUGCUCAUCACAAUCUCGCGCAUCACCACCCCACUGCACUGCAGCUCCAGCAUCAUCCCGGAUAUGCCUCUCUACAUUCUCCCCUCCCCUCCCCCCUACCUUCUCCCCUACCAUCCCCCCUAUCAUCACCAGCAGCAACUUUCACACUACAGCAACAGAUGGCCGCAGUAGCUGCCGCAGCCGCCGCGGGAAACCCUCCGUGCAGCACCCUUUUUGUCGCCAACAUCGACAAGAACUGCACGGAAAAGGACUUGACCGAGACGUUCGCAAGAGUUCCAGGGUUUCGGCGGCUUAAAAUGCACAACAAAGGAAACGGACCGGUAGCGUUUGUAGAGUACCAUAACGAGUUCAUCGCUACCCAGGCAAUGAAUAUGUUCCAGGGGUAUCUAUACCCUGGCUCAGAAAAGGGAGGUAUCAGAAUAGAGUUCGCCAAGACAAGAAUGGGAGAGGGUGGUAUUUCGUUCGGUUCAGUGACGCCGAGGUACGAUACUGGAUACGCCUCGUCACCACCCGCGGCCGCUAUGAGUUUUACUUGAGGAUGGAUUGUGCGAUUUCGUCUAUGGUAACUGAAUAUGUUCUAAAGGUGUACAUUUUUAUUUCAAUUACAAAAUACAAUUUGCUGUGAAUUUUCUCAAUUGCAUAUUCGAUCUGUAAAUAAGCCACUGUAAAUAUUUGGUUUGCAGUAAAAGAUUUUAGCUUGUGA